AUGGCGAGGCUUAGAACGGCCAUUGAUUCGGCGUUCUGGGACCUCAACGUGGCCUCGCCUCAGUGCCAUGACGGCUGGGCCAAGUUCGUUCCCGGCGACCCUUUCCCGGUGGAAGCCUCCAUCGCCAGCAAAGUGCUCCGCCCCCAGCAAUUCUCCUUCCUCCGAGACGGUUUCCCUCUUCCCAUCGUCGCUCCCUCGCUGUCUCCCACUUCCCCCAAGGAUUUGGGUUCCCUCGCUCUUCAGACCCUCCUCCUCAAACUCUCUUCCUCUCGCUGGUGGCUUACAAUGACCGGACAGUUUCGUCCCAGGAAGCUGAUUGCUAAUGUGAAAAAUGAGAUCUCUAAUGCUGAAGAGUUUGAUCUCUCCACGGUCAAGGAUGUUGUAAAGCAUUUCAUUGACAAGUCACCUUUCUCAUUUGGGUUAAUGUCACAGUUUGCUUUUCCUCCUUCAACAUCCGUGUUGCUUGGCAUAGAGGGCCAUGGUGAGAAACAAAGAUUGCGCCCCAAAGUGAUGGUUUAUCACAAGCUUCCUGAUCAUGAUCUUACAUUGGAAGCAGCAUGGCCUCAAUUGUUUGUAGACCACAAAGGAAAAUAUUGGGAUGUCCCUCAGUCUUUAUCUGUUGAUAUGUCAUCCCUUUUGUCUCCAUUUGGAUUGCGAUACCGCAUUGGGAUACAUAAAAACGGUGGUAAUCCCCAGCAAGUGAAUGCAACUGAUGCUAACCCGCCAUUGUCACUGCUACCAGGGUUAUGUGUGAAGGCUGCCAUUAGUUAUGAGAAGAUCAAAUACUUCUGGCGAGAUAAGGUUGCUGUGGAAGAAGGGAAUGAAGAGAUGACUCCAUAUGAUGUGCGUCUUGGGGAGCCUCACUCAGCAGUGUUUGGAACAAUUGGUAGCACCUUUGCUUCCUGGAUCUGGAAUGGAAGGAGCUUUUCUAGGACUAAUUCAACAGAAGAUUCAGAGGUGUCAACAAGCAAGAGAUCUCGACAUAAUGCUGAUUUGUUUGGCUCAGUUUGCUACACCUUUCAGCAUGGAAAAUUCACGAAAAAAUAUGGGGACUUAACCAGGGUAGAUGCUCGUCUGGAUAUUUCUUCAGCUUCAGCAUUAGCAAAGAAGUUUCUGAAUGGUUCCAGGAGUUCAACUACUGAUGUUAGCGAACAAUCAUCAGCUUCACCCAGGCUAAACUUAAUCUUUCAACAGCAGGUUGCAGGGCCAGUUGUUUUUCGAGCAGAUUCCCGAAUUUCACUGGAGUCUUUCGCCAGGGAAAAGGGUUUGCCGGUGGAGGAUUUCAUUUGCAGCCUGAGUUACUCAUUGAAGUCUUUUCAGUCUGGAAAGGUGGUUGCAUGGUAUUCUCCAAAAAGGAAAGAGGGAAUGGUUGAGUUGAGAAUGUAUGAGUUUUAG